UUCAGCUGGGCAGAUACCCGCAUAUCAGCGAGCAGCAAAUCUUAACGGAGAACAAGUCGCACAUCGAAUUAGCGAACAAGUAACGCCAACCUAACGAGGUGAUAAAGGUCUAGGAGCCGACUGUGUUGAACAACAUCAGCUGAGGACAUCAUGGCUGACAGGAAGGCUGUGAUCAAGAAUGCUGACAUGUCCGAGGACAUGCAGCAGGAUGCAGUCGACUGUGCCACUCAGGCAAUGGAGAAGUUCAACAUUGAGAAAGACAUUGCUGCCUACAUUAAGAAGGAGUUUGACAAGAAGUACAAUCCCACGUGGCACUGCAUUGUGGGAAGGAACUUCGGGAGCUACGUAACGCACGAGACCAAGCACUUCAUCUACUUCUACCUGGGGCAAGUGGCCAUCCUGCUCUUCAAGUCUGGCUGAACCCUGACCAAGGCUGGAGGUCAACUCCAAACCAGGACUGUAAUGCACUAAUGGCUGUUGCCACACCUCUCCACACACUUACAAAAUUAAGAAAAUAUGAUACACACAAUACAAAACUGGCUGUGCGCAAAUGCAUGGACCGUGUACAAUAUUUAAUGUGUAUAUGUUGCAGAAAAGAAUCUUGCUUUUCUUAAGUUGCUUUGGAAAAUUGAGCAACAAGGUGAUUUUUUUUUUUUUGUUAAUGCUUUUUUAUUUUCCUUUUGUCGCACCUGAGUUGUAUAAAAUGCUUUAAAGGUGGCCUUUAAGUGAUUAAUAAAAUAGUUGUACACAAAAUGUAAAAAAUAAUGUGGUCUUGCAUAUACUUAAUUUGGAAAUAUGGUAUUGCAGAACUAGGGGGAAAUAUCUGUUGAUCAUUAUGUUGUGUAAGAGAAAUGCUUCCACGGUUCUCUUCCAUACUCAGUGUCCCCUUCUCUGAUUCCAGACCUGCAUUCAUAUUAAAUCAGAUUCAUACAAGGAAGAGGAAUUAUUUGGAAUUGACAAUUUAAAUAAUACUAAUGUACAAAAUGUCAGAAAAUGUAAAUUUAUUUGAGUCACUGGAUUAGUUGUGACUAAAACCACUGGAAGCAUGAAUUUGCCAACUGGUAAAAAUAUAUUGUAACAGUUGGUGAUGCACAUAUUAAUAAAUCUAGCCCGCUGUGCUCUUUUUCAGCAUUUGGAUGUUGGGCAUGGUUACUCUUAUCAAAUUCUUAGAAGGAUCAUAAAUGAAACAAACAUGAUCCAUUAUUUUGUCCCUUCAGAGACUGCAUGUAUUUGAACAAAAAAUCCCUAGCUUCGUAUCAUAUAGUUGACUCCCUCAGGCAUUGUCAUGUACUUGCCAGUUCAAUGGAAGAUGAUUUAUUCUAGUGUAGCAGUGACGCUUUGAGGAGUGAUGUUGAGAACUUGAACUGUUUGAAAAGUUAGUUUAUAUAAGCAGUCACAAUACAUCAGUUACAUAAUAUGGAUUAGCUAUACAUCUCUCUGGAUACAUUGUGGAAUACAUGGGUGGCAAUCAUGUUAGAAUAUUUGACCUGCAGUGCUUACUCCAAAUGCUGGGCUUUGAUCAAUCUGAAUCUCUUCAAUGGUAUAUGUAAAAUAUUCUUGGGGAUAGGUGAUAAACAUGUGAAUGCAGAAUGUGAUCUAGCUCAUAUGUAUACCAGCUCAUCUGUGAUUGCCAAUUGUACUUUCGCGAGUUUCAUCAUUUUGCCUGGUGAUCAAUUGAAGUGUUGCAAUUCUGUUUCACAUGGGGUAAAAAAAAAAAAA